AUGUCCAGAACUUAUAGUGAGGAACCUGUUGAGGCGGGAGAAAGUUUCUUAACGUCUACAAACAAAACGACAGCGACGCACGGCGGUGUAAGACAACUCCAACAUGUUGAAAGACAAUUCACAUAUAGCGAAGAGCCAGCAACUCAAAAUCUGUCAGCAACUCGAAACGUUGAAAUUUCCACAACCGCUGACAGGCGAUUCACAUAUAAUGAAAAUGAUCCCGAUUUGAUACAUCAAAGGCCACCAUUACCUGAUGAUAGUUAUGUAAAACCGAUACAUAAUAAGAGACCGCCACUUCCUACACCAGUAGUCAUAAAUCCUGCUUAUCCAACGUCAGUCUUACCCGAAGAGACAAAAGACCCGAAAAAAACAUUUAAUGUGGAUGAAGUUUUGAGCAUUGUGCAAGAGGUCACCGAUUCAGUGCUACAAGAUUCUGGCUAUUUGCACACUCGAGCUUCUAUGUGGAACACGCAAAUUGUUAAUAAUUGCGUAAAGAAACUAUGUGAGCUAGGUAAAGCUUUCAAGUAUAUUGUUACAUGUACAAUAGUUCAAAAAACCGAUGCGGGCUUACAUUCUACAAGUUCUUGUUAUUGGGAUGCACGACACGAUGACUUUGUCAAAGGUGCAGCACUCAAGAUGAGUGGCGCAAUUGGUUACAUUGGGUCAAAGAUCAGUCUUAUAUCACGGUCUGAUAUUCGUUAUGUUGGCAUUUUGCACACCAUCAAUCAGGCAGACUCGACUGUCGCUCUUGAACAAGGCUAUGAAACUAUAAAUGUCACCGACUCUCAUCAUAAUAGAUUUGCAUUUAAAUUGCCCUGGUCUUACCGUAAUGCUAAUAAAUAUCAUUCUUUGUUAAUAUUACAAACAAUAGUGCGUUCUUUUGGUACCGAAGGUCGUCGAGGCAAUCCUUCUGAAGAAAUACCGCCAUCAGAUAAUAUUUUUGAAUACAUAGUGUUUCGAGGCUCAGAUGUUAAGGACUUGCAUGUUUGUGAAGCGCCAGCGCCACAGGCAUCUUUGCCUCCGCAAGUUCCUAAUGAUCCUGCUAUCCUGGGGACUACUGCACCACGGCCUCCAAAUUUCCAAGGUUUUGGUCCUCCACCACCACUCGGUGUUCAACCACCAAACUUCCCUACCGCUCAAUUGAAUCAAUAUUAUUUAAAUCAUGUCGCAGCUGCAGCGGCUUUCCAGCAACAACAUCAACAGCAUUUUUGGCAGCAACCUCAAGUUCCACAACAACCUCAGUUGAAUCUCCCGGAAACUACAACAAAAGAAGCUGAACAACCAAAGUCGCAACAACAGAAAGAGCAUUCGGGACCUGAUAAGCCAGAGGAUCAUAAAUCAGACAAUAAUCAGGCUGCAUUGAAUAAAAAUCUUGCUAGUAAACCGGGCCCAAGUACACGGCCAGCCGUUGGGCAUUCUGUAAACUCUCGUAAUGACGUGAUCAAGGAUACGUCGUCAAACGUGGUAGUGGAGAAAUUGACCAAAAAGGUUAGCGAAUUGAGCGUGACUGCUGCUGCUACUACAACAACUGUAGCAAAGGAGACAAACGGUGACAGGCAGCCUACACAGUCUUACGAACGUAUGGGUGGACAUCUUGUUCAACCAAACCGUCGAGUUCGCGGUAAUCGAAGAAACUAUAGUCAAAGUUACGAUCGCAACCGAAUUCCAGUUCCAGCCUCAGACUUUGAUUUCGAAUCCUCAAAUGCGAAAUUUAAUAAAGAUGAAAUUGUCAAGGAAGUCCGAAAGACCGUUCCAAAUCACGAUGGUAUUGCUAAAGAGGAGGAAGCUAUUGACACCCAUCCAACCACUGAAGAUGAAGAUGAGGAAGAAAUUUUGAUACCGCCAUCUGAACUAUUCUAUGAUAAAAACAAAUCAUUCUUUGACAAUAUUUCUUGCGAGACAAAAGAGCGCUUGGAACAGCAAGGACCUGAUGGACGUCGUAGUCUAUCCGUGUCCGAACGAAGACAAAAGCAAUCAGAAGAAAGGCGAUUGAAUCUCGAAACUUUUGGUCAAGUUUCCAUCGACGGCGGAAGAUACCGCGGUGGCUAUCGUAGUCGUGGUUAUCGAGGUGGGAGAGGCGGAUACCGUGGAAACCGAGGUGGUGGAAGCAGUAGCGGUGGUGGCGGUAGCAAUGGCGGAUAUCGGGCAGGAUAUUCCAGCAGCUUUCUUGUGUUUAGUUAA